UCAAUAUUUCAGGAAAACUAAGUCUCAUAGGCUGUUCAAAUUAUAACUUGGACUUGCAUGGGGCUAUCAUAUUCAUGCCCCUUCACCGCGAUUACAGAAUUAGAAAACGCUUCACGGGCCAUAAGUUUAGAGGAUAAUGAAUCAAUUGCUUCCAAUUCAGCCGAAGAAACAGAGCUAGAUUACACGAAAAUGAAGGAAAUGUGCACCGGAUUUGCAAAAUUUGACAAUGUGAUGGAUGAAUUCACACAAUCGUCUAUUUUUGAUUUAGGGAGCCCGGAACAUGAAGCAGCCAUUAAGUUACAAAAAGUGUAUAAGAGUUUUCGAACCAGAAGAAAGCUAGCAGACUGUGCAGUACAAAUAGAGCAAAGCUUGUGGAAGCUUCUAGAUUUUGCAGAACUAAAAAGAAGUUCUAUUUCAUUUUUCAAUGUCGACAAGCAAGAGACCGCCUUUUCGCGCUGGUCUAGAGCAAGAACACGGGCUGCCAAGGUUGGAAAAGGUUUAUCAAAGAACAGUAAAGCCCAAAAGCUUGCUUUGCAACAUUGGCUCGAGGCGAUUGAUCCAAGACAUCGUUAUGGGCACAAUCUUCAUUUCUAUUAUGGAAAGUGGCUGUUGUCUCAAAGCAAAGAACCUUUCUUUUAUUGGUUGGAUAUCGGAGAAGGGAAAGAAAUAAAUCUUGUUGAUAAAUGCCCGCGAUCAAAGCUUCAACAACAAUGUAUCAAAUACCUUGGCCCAAUAGAAAGAAAGGCAUAUGAAGUUGUGAUGAAAGAUGGAAAGCUAUUAUACAAACAAACAGGGGAAUUCCUUGAUACAACAGGAGAACCGAAGGGUUCUAAAUGGAUAUUUGUGCUCAGUACGUCGAAGGUUUUGUAUGUUGGGAUAAAGAAGAAAGGGUCAUUUCAACAUUCAAGUUUUCUAGCUGGUGGAGCGACAUUGGCUGCUGGGAGAGUCGUUGCCGAGAAAGGAACACUAAAGGCAAUCUGGCCUCAUAGCGGGCAUUAUCGUCCUACACAAGAAAAUUUCCAAGAUUUCAUUUCAUUUCUCAAGGAAAAUGAUGUGGAUAUGACUUAUGUUAAGAUGGAUUCAGAUGAAGAUAAAGAACAUAUAAGCAAUCACAUAAGAACUCACUCAUCAGAAGAAGAAACGACCGAAAAAGAGCCUCUCAAGAAUAAUGAUGAUCAUUUGGGCUUUCAAUUUGAUGGUCUUUUCAAGAACUUAAGUAAUCUUGAAAUACCAAAAUGCGAUGAUCCUCAAACAAACAUUAACACCAAAAACCAAAAACCCGAAUCAUGUUGCAAAGACUUAACCAGUGAGACAAUCUUGGAUGGUUAUGAACCAGCAGAAGACUCAUUUGAUCCACUGCAAAAUGACACUCCUUCAUUAAAUGGGCUCUCAGAUAAUGAAGAUGAACCAAGUAUUGAUGAGACUGUUUCUCAAAAGACUAAUUCACAAAAAGAUACAAAUUCUUUUCAACUAGGAGACCAAUUAUCUUGUAAAUGGAGCACCGGCGCUGGACCUCGAAUCAGUUGUUUAAGAGACUAUCCAACAGAGCUACAAUCACAUGCAUUAGAACAAGCCAAUUUGUCACCAAGAAGUGCCCCAACCAGCCUUAGGUUUACAAACACAGAAUUCUGUACAAGCCCUUUAUCUUAUGAAAACAGAAGUUUGCUACGAAGAUAUAACCGGCCUUAUAGAACACAAUCAACUCCAUCACGUAUUGGAUCGUUGAAACUAGAAUGCACAGAUUUUCAUGAACAGUAGUCAGUGAAUAUUAUCUGAGUUACUAAUUUUUGUGAUUAAUAUUUCUUAAUUCUUUUAUUUUAGUGUUAGGCAUUCUUUGGAAGUUUAAUUGUUCAGUCAAGUAUACAACAU